CCUCCUUUGCAAUCCGUGUAUAAAUAGGGGCCCGGGGCUGCCUCUCCACUCACCAAUCCAUUCCACCUCCGUUUACCCCGUUCAUUUUGAUUUGCGUUUAGUGCGUUGCGUUUCUUGGGUCUCUUCUUUGGGAGGCGCAGUUCCUUCUCCUCUCGGAGGGAGGCUUGAGGAACCAAGAAGAGUUCAGCAAUGGGGGAAGCUGCCGGCGACCGAGUCCUGAGCCGCCUCCACAGCGUCAGGGAGCGCAUCGGUGAUUCCCUCUCUGCUCACCCCAAUGAGCUCGUCGCCGUCUUCACCAGGCUGAAGAACCUUGGAAAGGGAAUGCUGCAGCCUCACCAGAUCAUUGCUGAGUACAACAGUGCAAUCCCUGAGGCUGAGCGUGAGAAGCUGAAGGAUGGUGCCUUUGAGGAUGUGCUGAGGGCGGCACAGGAGGCGAUCGUUAUCCCCCCAUGGGUUGCCCUUGCCAUCCGCCCUAGGCCUGGUGUCUGGGAAUAUGUGAGGGUUAAUGUGAGUGAGCUUGCUGUUGAGGAGUUGAGGGUCCCUGAGUACCUGCAGUUCAAGGAACAGCUUGUGGAAGAAGGAAACAACAACAACUUUGUGCUUGAGCUGGACUUUGAGCCAUUCAAUGCGUCCUUCCCUCGUCCUUCUCUGUCGAAGUCCAUUGGAAAUGGUGUGCAGUUCCUCAACAGGCACCUGUCAUCUAAGCUCUUCCAUGACAAGGAGAGCAUGUACCCUUUGCUCAACUUCCUUCGCGCGCACAACUACAAGGGGAUGACAAUGAUGCUGAACGACAGAAUCCGCAGUCUAAGUGCUCUCCAAGGUGCUCUGAGGAAGGCUGAGGAGCAUCUGUCUAGCCUUCCAGCAGAUACCCCGUACUCAGACUUCCACCACAGGUUCCAGGAACUUGGUCUGGAAAAGGGUUGGGGUGAUUGUGCUAAGCGUGCGCAUGAGACUAUUCACCUCCUCUUGGACCUUCUUGAGGCCCCAGAUCCGUCCACCCUGGAGAAGUUCCUUGGAACAAUCCCCAUGGUGUUCAAUGUUGUCAUCCUCUCCCCCCAUGGUUACUUCGCCCAAGCUAAUGUCUUGGGUUACCCUGACACUGGAGGCCAGGUUGUCUACAUUUUGGAUCAAGUCCGUGCUAUGGAGAAUGAAAUGCUGCUGAGGAUCAAGCAGUGUGGUCUUGAUAUCACACCAAAGAUCCUUAUUGUCACCAGGUUGCUCCCUGAUGCAACUGGCACCACUUGUGGUCAGCGUCUUGAGAAGGUCCUUGGCACUGAGCACUGCCAAAUCCUUCGUGUGCCAUUCAGAACUGAAAAUGGAAUUGUUCGCAAGUGGAUCUCACGUUUUGAAGUCUGGCCAUACCUGGAGACUUUCACCGAUGAUGUGGCACACGAGAUUGCUGGAGAGCUUCAGGCCAACCCCGACCUGAUCAUUGGAAACUACAGUGAUGGAAACCUUGUUGCAUGCUUGCUUGCACACAAGAUGGGCGUUACUCAUUGUACCAUUGCCCAUGCGCUUGAGAAGACCAAGUACCCCAACUCCGACCUCUACUGGAAGAAGUUUGAGGAUCACUACCACUUUUCGUGCCAGUUCACCACUGACUUGAUUGCUAUGAACCAUGCUGACUUCAUCAUCACCAGUACCUUCCAAGAGAUUGCUGGAAACAAGGACACUGUUGGCCAGUAUGAGUCGCACAUGGCAUUCACAAUGCCUGGUCUGUACCGUGUCGUCCAUGGUAUCGAUGUCUUCGACCCUAAGUUCAACAUUGUCUCGCCUGGUGCAGACAUGUCCAUCUACUUCCCUUACACUGAGUCACACAAGAGGCUGACCUCCCUUCACCCGGAGAUUGAAGAGCUCCUCUACAGCAAUACCGAGAACAAUGAGCACAAGUUUGUGCUAAACGACAGGAACAAGCCAAUUAUCUUCUCUAUGGCUCGUCUUGACCGUGUCAAGAACUUGACUGGUCUGGUUGAGCUGUAUGGCCGGAACAAACGCCUGCAGGAGUUGGUUAACCUUGUGGUUGUCUGUGGUGACCAUGGCAACCCUUCGAAGGACAAGGAGGAGCAGGCUGAGUUCAAGAAAAUGUUUGACCAUAUUGAGCAGUACAACCUGAAUGGGCACAUCCGCUGGAUCUCUGCUCAGAUGAACCGUGUCCGCAAUGGAGAGCUCUACCGCUACAUUUGCGACACCCAGGGUGCUUUUGUGCAGCCUGCUUUCUACGAGGCUUUCGGCCUUACUGUGGUUGAAGCCAUGACCUGCGGUCUGCCAACAUUCGCAACUGCCUAUGGUGGUCCAGCUGAGAUCAUCGUGCACGGCGUUUCUGGCUACCACAUUGAUCCUUACCAAGGUGACAAGGCCUCCGCUCUGCUUGUGGAUUUCUUCGAGAAGUGCAAGGAAGACUCCAGCCACUGGACCAAGAUCUCCCAGGGCGGACUCCAGCGUAUCGAGGAGAAAUACACCUGGCAGCUUUACUCCGAGAGGCUGAUGACGCUCACCGGUGUGUACGGGUUCUGGAAGUAUGUCUCCAACCUCGAGAGGCGCGAGACCCGGCGCUACCUGGAGAUGCUGUACGCUCUCAAAUACCGCAAGAUGGCCAGCACCGUCCCGUUGGCCAUUGAAGGAGAGCCCUCGAACAAAUGAUCUGGUCACUUCUCAUCUGAAACUUGAAAGAAGGGAGCAUUCCAAGUUCUGUUUUUUGUGGGUUCGUUUUCCUGAUUCAGAGAUGAAAAAAAGAGAGGUCUUCAGGGUCAAAUUGAUUUUGGGUGCUGCUAGUUUGGUUUAGCCGAGAGGUAUGUGGUGUGUGUGUUGUUUCUUGGAUGUUACUCGUCAAUAACCACAGGCGGCCUUGGCACCGUUUCUGAAAUAAUAGUAGCAUCCUUGUGGUUUCCAUGAGAGUUUCUGUCAAUGAAAUAUUGAAAUAUUUUGCUCA